CUCCGCCAACAGGUGGCGGAUUUUGCCGGCUUCUCUACUAACCUGGCAAGGAUUUGUUUGCCCGGUCCACGAGCCGCCAAAAAAACUGUCACGCAGCCGCCGCCAAACCGGAAAGUUGGCUUGCGGACGGGGAGGGAGCAUAAAAAGGUGUACAGGUAGAGCAAACAGGUGUACUCCCUGGCAGCUGACCCAGCCCUUCUGCUUUCACCAUGCGCGCCACCGACCGCCACAGAAAACGCAUUGACUAUUCGGACUACGGCUCCCUGCUGUAUUUGGGACCGGCGUGACCGCGUUCGGCAGCUCCGGCCGAUGACUUGUGAUCCCGAGCUACCGGCAAGUCUCGGGGAGGAUGAGGUCCCUGCUCGCACCUUCGCUCUGUCUCCUGGUCUCGUGGAUGUCUGUGACCCGAGGAGAGUUUGCGGAGCAGCCCCGAGAGGACUCCCUCCGCGCCCUGGCCGAAGAGGAGACGGUCCUGCCCUGCCGCUUCCAGCCUACGGACAGCGUCGUAGUGCAGGUCACGUGGUCCAAGGAGACCCGGGAGGGCUGGGAGCAGAUCGUCACGGCUCACCACAUUGACGGACAGACCGCUUUUGGAACAUGGGCCGGCCGGGCGCGCUUCAAAAGCAGCGACCCCACCGUCGACUCAUCUUUGGUGCUCCUGAGCACGGAGGUCUCGGACGAGGGACGUUACAGAUGUCACGUCAACUCCUACCCUUCCGGAACCUUCGACCGAGAAGUGACUCUCACGGUCUGGACCAUCCCGAUCUCCUCCCUGGACGCCGUGACCCUGGUCGAGGGUCAGUCGUACCGGCUGGCGGCAUCGUGCCGCUCUUUGGCCCGCCCGCCGGCGCUGCUGUCGUGGGACACCGAGCUGAGCGGUCAGUCCGUCAACCGUACGUGGGCAAACGGGGCCGUGGCCGCCCACUACUCUUUGCACCCUUUGAGGAGCAUGAACGGGAAGAGGCUCGAUUGUCUGGUGCGCCAUCCGACUCUCGCGGGCCCACGCAGGCACCAGAACAAGCUGGUCGUACACUUUCCUCCCGAUCCCAAGGUGUGGGGCUACGACGGGGACUGGUAUGUGGGUCUGGAGCACGCCGCCCUGAGGUGCGUGAGCGGAGGAAACCCCAAACCGCAGCUUUUCACCUGGGCCAGACUCGCCGAGGCCCUGCCCGAAGGCGCGAUCCCUCACCCCAACGGAACCCUGGAGUUCGGGCGUCCCCUCGGCCCGUCGGACGGCGGCACCUACCGAUGCACGGCAAGGAACGAGGUCGGCGCGGCCGCGGCCGAGUUGCAGAUUUCCGUGACAGGUAGACGUCGGUCGUCGAGCCUCGGCCGCUUCUUCCCUGCCCGCGCCGAGACCGCUUCCGGCUUUGCAGAGUCUCCCGAGAGGCAGACCGCGACGGAAAAGACGAUGAUGGUCGUGGUGGGGGUCGUCGCCGGGGGGCUGCUCAUCUUGAUGCUCGUCAUCAUCGUCGCCGUCACCUGCCACCAAAAGAAGAAGAACAAGAUGCUGAAGCGGGAACUGACCGAGAAGAGGGACGAAAUAAGCACCCUCUCCCGCCAAGCUUCGUUCAGGAGGAUGAAUUCGGUCAGCACCGACGCAAGAGGAGCGACGGAGGAGAGCAUCCCGCUGAGGGUGGAGGGAACCUUGUCCUCCCUGGGGGAGCCGGCUCACAGCCGCGAGAGCCACUCGAGUCUCUCGGGCGGGAGGUGGGCCGGAGGCGAAGGAGCGUACGACGACCUGGGUCGGCCGGUCCCGCUCAACUCGCGCGAGGGCCGAGGGAGGCUGUCGGAACGCCACGAGGAGAGCCGGCUCAGGGUGGAGACAUACGUGAGGAACAACGGCGGAUCGGCGCAGGGAACUCGCCUUCCCGCCCACGUCCCGACGCCGUCGCCCGUCCUCCAGCGCGGCGAGCUGCUCGACUCGAGGCCGGCGAGCGCCGCCCCGUCCCUGCGUCGGUCCCCCUCCAGCUGCAGCUCUCCGCCCGAGACUCGCGACGACGACGACGACGACGAAGGCCUCGGCGGUCGCGCCGGCCGGGGGUAUCCGGGUGACCGGGAGAGCCGCGGCAGCCGCUCCCAGGUGUCCGGGGCGCACGGCGCGGGCUACGGAGUCACGAAUGGCACCGGGAGCUUCAAAUCCGGGACCGUGGUCAGCCCGCACGCCUCCCUGGUGCACAAGGCCCAGAUUGUCUAGCAGGAAAACGCUGGCAACAGUGGGAGACUGACGCAAAGUACUGAAAGGAAACGUCUACCGGACCUACGGAGAUGCGCGUGGCCAAAUAUACGCCACUGCAAGAACUCCAAAUAUGGCAAACAUGAAGUAUUAUUUGCUCUCAGACCUCGACUUUAAGCCUUAAGAAUAAUAUUUGAAUACGAUUUGACUUCAAAAUGUUUAUUUUGUGCAUCCCCAUAUUGGAAAAAAUGCCUUGUGUUUAGCUUCAAACUACUGGAUACUGUUUUUUUUUUUUUUUUAAAUGUUAUUUUAUAGGCCUGGUAUCGAAAAUACGCAGAGGUGAGUAGAGUAACCAAAUACCGUUACGUUUGAAACAAAGGACUGAAAGUAAAAGCAGUCACCCAAAUGUUUACUUGUGUAAGAGUAAGAAAAGUAGUCAAUGAAAAUCUACCCAAGUAAUUUGUAACAUCUCAUAUUUAUUGAUUGAUUUUCCUUCGGUUUCCUCCCACAAUCCCCCAAAACAGUCUCGGAUUCAUCGGAGGCUCCAUAUUGCCCCUAAUCGUCACUGUUUACUUCGAGACGUAUGCCACGCCGCCUGUCCCGCAACCCUUGUGAGGAUAAGUGGCUCAGGUUUGUGUGUGUGAAUCGAGACACACCUGCCAGCAUUUUCAUUUUUAAGUGCCCCCCCCCCCAAAAAAAAAAAACCGCGCACCUUGGACCCGACAGAAACAUUUGCUUUAUUCCCUAAAAUGACUUUUUUUUUUUGAAGAAGAAGAAGAAGAAGAAGAAGAAGAAGCUGUUUGCUGACCACGAAUGGGGAUAUCGCAAAUUUUGCCAUAACCACUGGCCAAAAAAAAAAGAUAAAACAGCCAAAUCAUCUGCGACUUACCAUAAAGUGUUUUGU